AUGUCGGUUGCAAUUGAAGCGAAUCCGAAACGCGACGAGGGUGCAGGGGAGAAGAUGGAGACUACGAGACACAGAACCAUCCGUCAUUCGAAGUCAGUACCGGAGCCUUUAAGAGCAGCUCAUAUACAUACGACACCUUUCGCAGCGCGGUUGGGUGGGAAUCAAGAGUUUGUGCUCGAUAGAGCCGAUCCCAAGAAUGCGGCGGUCUUGGAAGAUAUCCCCGAUGCGGCAACGCAUAUGACCGUCAAACAAGCGCUGGAUUUACGCGGGUUUCGCCAGGCAAUUCUGUGGAAAGCGGCUGCGGUGGAAGGUGUCGGUACUAUGCUUUUGGUGUAUGCUACUGAUUGGUCAACACUGUCUCCAGCUGCCUAUCCUCCUCCUCCAGAUCCAGCGUCGGAAUCUGGAGUUUUCUCAACAGCUUCUUUCCUAGGGCCAUUGGUUGGGGGUGUCACUUCGGCGAUCUUUAUUGCCAUGUAUAUUUUUUGCUUUGGGGCGGUCACUGGAGGUCAUUUAAACCCACUUAUCACUAUCGCAACCUUCUUCACACGGUUAACAAGCUUACCGCGUGCGAUACUAUACGUCUCCUUCCAGAUCAUUGGCGCAAGUUUAGCCGGUCUCCUCAUUCGAGCUUCCUACGACAGUCGCGAGUUCAAAGUCGGAGGCUGCUGGCUUAACCCCGCAGAAAUCUCGGUAUCGUCAGCUUUCACAAAUGAAUUCUCAGCAAGUUUAGUAGUCCUUUUCAUGGCAUUUGGUGUUGGUUUGGAUCCUCGACAAAGACAGAUAUUUGGUCCAUCUUUGGGCCCUAUAUUUGUGGGUCUAGCGGUUGGCACCACGGCUUUUAGUAUGGCGUUUACGAGACCGGGGUAUGGCGGCGCAGCUAUGAAUCCUGCUAGAUGUUUUGGAGCCUAUGUGGGGAGUAGCUUCCCUACAUGGCAUUGGAUUCACUGGGUUGCCACUAUUGCUGCUAGUGUUUUCCAUGGGAUUGUGUAUUAUAUGGUGCCGCCGUGGGGAGGGUUUGCUGGAAAACAUGAGAGGCAGCUAGUGAGUGAUGAAGAGAAGUAA